GCAGGAAGUGACAGUGGUCAAUAGUGAACUUGCACGUUCCGGGAACUGCGUCGUGCAAGCCACGCACAGCCACUUCCAUCAGUGUCUCGGGAGAAGUGGAGUGAGCGGCACUGCAACACGCGCAGGGAUUUUUCUGCUAUAAAAGAAAACAACAGCGGAAGUGAAAGUUGCUUUAAGAUUAAAACAGAUUCUGGUGAAGAACACGGAGAAAGCUUUGUAUUUUAUUUAUAUGUCUGCAUACUAUAUACACCUUUCGGCGCCAGGAAUUGUAACUAUCUAAUCUAAAGGGAAGUGAGUAUGACUCAAGCGUGAAUUAAAAACUUUCUGUAAGUGACUGAUAAUCUUUCUAGGAACCUUGGCGCAGCAUGUGAAAGAAUAGGUGAUGCUUGAGGAAGAUUUUCUCUGGCGGCAUGGAAGCCACUCUCCUCUGAUGCAGAAGCUAUGUACCUUCUCUUUACUGAAAAAAGACGGCAUAUAUGAGUCUAUUUGUCGCUGUAGCCCGUAUUAGAGAAUUCAAAGGUCUACCAAGAAAAGACACAUGAUAUAACGUCAGUUCGCCAAUCCGCCCUUCUCCAAGCUGGACGUUUCGCUUAAAAUAAACGACAGAAGAACGAAGAUAUCACCAGAAAAGAAGGUCAAUGGGAAGGUCCUGGCGCCCCCCGGAACGAAGGAGUUCGACGGUCCGCUGGAAAACCGCUCCUGCCGAGAUGUGGUGUUCCUUAUUCUCUUCAUCGCUUGUGUCGUCGGCUCGAUUGCAUACCUGGCGUACGCUGGCACUACGGGAGACCCGGCGCGCCUCAUCCAUGGGCACGACAAGUACGGCAACGUCUGCGGCCGGAAGAAUCCGAAAUACUUCAAUCUGUCUCAGUCCGGCAAGGACUUCACAGGAAAGCCGUUCCUGAUGAUGGAUGUGGCUCUAGAAGUAGAUCCCGUCAACAUCGCUGCUGGCAAUAAGGAUGCCGGUAUAAGCAGUACCUCCACUUGUGUAGCCAAAUGUCCUAUGGACAGGUCUACUGCCUUUGGAUUUUACUGCCUGCCACUGUCCCUUUCGGACGCUGGGAACAAAACGGACCAAGUGCUGAAGACGCUCACAGGCACGAGUGGCACCGACUUCUUCAAAAAUGUUGGCCGCGACCUAAGAUCGUCUUGGCGUGAAAUCAUCUACAUGUGCCUUGUGGCCCUCGGCCUUUCCAUCGUCGUCACGGCUAUGCUCAGGUUCCUGGCUCCAGUAAUCGUAUGGAUCACAGUGGUUUUGAUCAUUGUGGCAUCAGUGGCCGUCACAGUUUUCCUUUGGGUCUCAUGGCACAUGCGACAGCAAGCAGUGCAGCGAACAGAGAACAACAAUGACUCCAUGUCAGAAUACGAGAAGGACGUCCUAAAGAGGUCUGUCACCAAUUUUCUUAUCAUGGCCAUCGUGUCUACAAUAUUCACGGUAUUAACCAUAGUGUUGUUAGUUGCAAUGAGAAAAAGGAUCAAGUUGGUCAUUGCACUCUUCAAAGAAGCAGGAAAGGCCAUUGCAGCAAUGCCCAUGAUCCUCCUGCAGCCAGUGUGG